GUAAAACUGUGACAGUCACGUUUUUCCCCAGGCAUAGCAUCAGAUGCUUCCGCCAUUUUUUAUAUAAUUAAUUAUGGAGUUUCGUAUUUGUCCAAUAAGGCUUGUUCCAACAUGGAUUUGUUCCGCAACGCAAAGGUGGUGCUGCUCCGAAGCCAUACCAAGAAGUAUUUGUUUGCCGACGAGGAUGAGGAGUCCGUUACUCAGAGUCGAAACGGAUGGACGAAGAAUGCGAGAUGGAGCGUUGAGUUUGUUAGGUUCUCUGAUUCAAGAAUCCGGCUCAAGAGCUGCUACGGCAAGUACUUGACGGCGUCGAACCAGCGGUUAUUUCUCGGAAUGACCGGCAUGAAGGUUCUGCAGACUCGUCCAGAGCGGUUGGACUCGUCGCAUGAGUGGGAGCCGAUCAAGGAACGCUCGCUUGUGAGACUCAAAACGCAGUACGUUAGUUUCUUGAGAGGCAACGGCGGUGUUCCGCCGUGGCGGAACUCGGUCACUCACGAUGCGCCACAUCGUACCGUUACACAGGAAUGGAUUCUAUGGAAUGUUGAAGUUAUCGAAACCGAGAUUCAAUCCUCCGUUCACAAAACCCUAGCUCAACCCGAACCCAACCUGUAUUCAACAUCAUCUUCGGUUUCAUUUGAAUCUGCACGUCCUUCAACAUCAGAGGAAGGGAGGAGGAUAUUUUACCAGAUGGCUGAUGACAAUGGGAGGAUGAAGAUUCGAAGAGGCAUAUUUUAUCAGACUGCUGAUGACGAGGGGAGGAUGAAGAUUCAAAGAGGCACUCUUUGAAAGUUGUUUUGGUUUUGAAAUCUUCUAAACGUAAGAAUCUUUGAACCCUUUCAAACCCUUUGAUUUGAAAGGGUUCAAACAGAAUGUAUAGUUUGAACAAGGGCACACUUAUCUCGAUAUAAUAAUGACAUAAACGUUCAAAAUUUUGUCUA